CGGAGGAGGAGGAGAAGGUCACGUGGGAGACACGUGCCGAGGUUCGUGCCGAGGUUCGUCAAUGCGCACAGCAGCAACAGCAACCCGGCAUCGUGGUGCAGCAGCCCUCUGUUCCGGUUGAAACCUGAGCUCUGUGCAGCAACGAGGGGCGUGCGGAGCUCGUGAUCUGCCAACCGGGCGCAAGCCGACCAACUGACCGCCCGCCCGACCCGCAAAUGCAAAUGCCGGGCUCUGCUACAGAAAGCUACAUUCCAGCUGGUACCCUGCAGUUGCCCGCAUAUGCUUGUUCUGCCAAGGAAAUUCUGAACUGAGCAGGGUGGAACGGGCAUUGCUGGACUGCAACACAACGCACUGACGGUGUAGGUCGUAGUCUGCAGAAUUUAUUUUUAGCAUGGGGAGGUUGCCAGCCCAUUUGGAAAUAGUAAUACAUUUCUCAAACAUAAUAACAACUUAUCUCCGUUUUCUUUAACGUAUGGACGUUCGGCACCGUAUUGCACAGGUGCCCCAUCGUCGUAGCGAAAACGCGAUUGCGCUUUUGGUCACAUCGAUAAAAAAUAAACGCGUGCGAACAACGCCUUUCGUCAGGGUUCCAAGGCAAUGCAGUCGCAGCGCACUUGGCUUCCGCACAUCGUGUUCCUGAUGCAGCGGCGUACCAAGGUGGCGACAUGACAUUGAGAGAGCAGCGCGUGCCGGAGCAUAUCCGGAUGCGCACGAGGGAGUUCGCCGAGCGAGAUCUUCUCGCGCUGGAAUUAUCGCGCUGAAUGCGCGGAUUCUACCUCCAACCUCGUGGUGCCUGGUGCGGACCCAGCCCUGUGGAUGCUCCCGUGGACGGAUGGUUUCUGGUCUCCGGUCGGAACUUGGUGCUUCCCGUUAUUUGCACUGCCUGCUGCAUCGCGGGCGCUCUCCGUCCGCGCGUGGAGGAACUUUGCGAACGCGCGAGCUUUGGGCGCCAACAGUCUGUUCGUGUUCGUUUUUGUUUUUCUCUUCCCCAAGUGCCUAAGUGAGCCGUCGCCCACAGCGAGCGAGUGCUAGCUCCGCAGGUGGUUACAUAGAAAGUCUUGGGUUAAUCCUGAAACCGCCAAUUUUUGAACAGUCGCGCCGCAUCCGUCAAUACACAUACUCGUGCAGUACUUACAACAAAAUACUGCCUGCAUAUCAGUGUUGAGAGGGGGGAAAAAAGAGCCCCGUUUUAUUUAAUAUAAACAAAAACGCAAGCCUGAGGCUCCUGGGUAAAGUGAUCAAUUGUGGGAAUCGCUUCUGUAGCUCCAUUUAACAAGAAAGAUCAUACCAUCGCAAGACAAGUUUAAAGUUCUAUCGAUCAAAACAACCUUAUAAAAAAAAUCAACGAUCACUGUGAUAUAACAAAACAACACCCAAGAGAAAAAACGUCCUGCAGCUUCAAGUGCCUGUUUGGAGCCUUUGCUACAGUAACGUUGAUCACGUGGUUAUGGAUUUUAUCAGCUCCAUCUGGCUGGGAUGAGCAUGUGCUGACAAUACCAACACACUACUCACAUGAGUACCCACUGUGCCAAGAUCAACGCGAGAGGCAAUCGCGUAGGAUUUAUCAACGCCUCUCGUAGAGAAUCCUUUGUAUUGUAGAGGCCGACGGACGGACCUGACUUUCAUCUUGCACGACGUCCCAGCGGCAUCGCAAAGCUUUGUGUGAUCGUGGCCUCUACCCCCGUGCAAGAAUUGCUGCCGAAUCGACAAAACGCCCACGCGACGAACCUUUUGAAGCUGAGCGUUUUGUCUUUUAUCUUGAGCGCACCGGCCGAACUGCACCCACCAAGUGCCUUCUUGCCUUAUCAGCCGGCCCAGCUCUCUUCAGCCUGACGGACCGGAACGGCCCUAACUUUGAGCACCGUGCUUCCCCCGACGGCUCGGCGGUUAGCGUCAGGGACGACGGGCGUUGGCGGGGUGGAACUGGCGGGCGGCCGGGCGGGUGCACGCGCGGAGGAGGAGGGAGUCAUGCCGUGGCCUCAAGCCGUGCUGUCGUCGCGGCCGGACUCCCACGCCUUCCAGGAGCGGCGCCUGUGCCUGGCGGAGGCCGUGAGGGUCGGACGCUCGGUGGCGCGGUGUCGCGCGGCCACCAACAACGCGACCUUUGACUGCAAGGUGCUGUCCCGCCACCACGCACGCCUGUGGUACAGCGACGGCAAGUUCCUGCUGCAGGACACGCGCAGCAGCAACGGCACGUUCGUGAACGGGCAGCGGCUGGGCAAGAGCGGCGAGGAGAGCGCCCCCUACCAGCUCUACUCGGGGGACGUGCUGCAGUUUGGCGUCGACGUCACGGAGAACGCUCGCAAGGUCACUCACGGCUGCAUUAUCACCAUGGUGAAGCUCCUACUACCAGAUGGGACGGAGUACAAACACAGGCCUGAGGUGGACAGCGUGUCUGUCAAGCCGGAGGCAAACUCCACCACAUUCAAACUGCAGGACCUUCACCAACUGUCCCACUACCUACAGGAGGCCCUCUAUCGCGAGCAGCUCCUGCACAAGAAGCUGUCGGCGCUGCAGACCCUGCUGCAGAGUGCGCGGCGCGCGUCCGACGAUGGCUGGCAGGCUCUCAUCAUUGAGGAUAAGCUGCUAUCCCGUCUGGAGACACUGGAGAACAGACUCAUGGCCUAUUCCAAGCAGACUCUGUCGGACGAGUGUCUCCGCAAGGAGCUGGAGCUGCUGCAGUGCGACAAGGGGCAGUACGAGACGGCCGCCAAGGAGGCGCUGCGGCGGGCGCUGCAGGACAAAGUGGAGGCCCACGAGAAGCUGGCCAGCGCGCAGUGUGCGUUGCGCUGCUCGGAUGAGGAGCUGGUGCACCUCCAGGCCGUGCAGGAGGCGUCGCAGGCCGAGAUCAAGGAGCUCGCGCUGCAGAGAGAGCGGGCGGCACAGCGUGUCGCGCAGCUGGAGGAGCAGUUGCAGGCCGCUCUGUGCGAGUCCGCGCUGAAGGACGAGUCGUCGCAGGAGGAGCUGGAGCGACGUCUGGCCGCCAUGGAGACACACGAGAGCGCCCUCCUCACCCGAAUCGAGCAGCUGACGACGGAGAACGACCGCACGCGCGACCUGCUCGCUCAGGCGCACGAGCUGCUGAAGAACGGCGGAAGGUAUCCACGGGACGGGGACGUCGACGGAGAAGAGACCGAGACGGAAGGCGAUACGGAGCCCUCGCCAGACAGAAGAGAUAAAGAGGAAUGCCUUUCUACCAUCCUGGAAGAGCCAGAAGACCUACGAGGCUACUCGCAGGAUGGAGAGGCUGGGACUGCUCGCAGCCAAGCUCAGGAAGACAGCUCAGUGGUCUCCUUCUCGGCGCGUGAGGUCCUCCUGGAGCUGCUGUCCGCCCAGCAGUGCGAUGACGGCGACGCGGAUGCGGGCGGCGGCGAUGGCGCGACCUUGGGCCCCCCGUGGCUGCGGCCGGGGCCGGGCGAGGAGGGCGAGGGCCCCGGGGAACCCGCGGUGAUGCGGGCCCGCCUGGCGGACACGCAAGAGAUCGGACGAAUCUUCACGGCGAGAUGCGGCGAGCUGGAGGCAAUGCUGGAGGAGGAGCGGGAGGCGAGCACGCGGCAAGCAGAUGUCUCGUCAAAGUCCAUCCAGAACCUGCAGGCCCAGCUGGUGUCCCUGCGCGAGGAGCUGGAGUCGCUGCGGCGCGAGAAGGAGAGCGAGCUGCAGGAGGCGCGGCGUGAGCUCACGCAGGUGCUGGAGCAGGCGCGCACGCUGCGCCGCGUGCUCGAAGACACGGCCACCGAGCGCGAGAACGACAUCGCCAUGCUGCAGGAGGAGCUGGGCCGCCUGCGUGCGGAGCUGUUCCGCCAGCAGCAGGAGAAGUCGGAUUCAGAGCGGCCGCGCAGCGCUGAGCACGGCUUCACGGACUCCACGCGCCUCCGGGGCCACGUGGAGAGGCUGGAGGGAGAGUGCCACGGACUGAGGGCAGAGUGCGAGGAGCUGCAGCGAGAGCGCGAUUCCCUGAGGGAGCAGCUACACGGCCUGCACAAGGAGAUACAGAGUGCCCGCGUGGAGGAGCAGGAGCUGCAGGAGGUGGUGAGCGGCCUGCAAGCCUCGCGAGACUCUCUGGCGUCGCGACGGAGCGCAGGCCCGGCCGCCGCCGCCGCCGCCGUCAGGGACGCCACCCCUGACGGCGCACGCGACGAGAAGGGGAGUUCGCUCGGCGACGGUGCCGAGGGGCCGCGGCGAGCCCCGGGGGAGGCCGCACGUACGGAAGCGGCGCCCGCGGACGGCUCGGAGGCCGGUGGCGGGGAAAUCGAGCUGCAGCUGCGGCAGGCGGAGAGCGUGGCCGAGUCUCUGCAGAAAAAGUGCACGGAGGCGCAGCUGGAGCUGGAGGCACUGCAGGAGCGACACCAGGCCACCGAGCAGGAGACGCGCAGCCUGCACGAGGAGCUGGAGCUCUGUCGCGAGAAGCUCGAGAGAUACCGCAAGGUCAAGCAGAAGGCUUGGGCCGGUUGGUUGCCUCUGAUGGCCAUGGUGGUUGGCAUUGCGGUGUCCGUCCUCUACCCAACCAUGGAGUGACGGUGUUCGGGGCUUCCUCCCCUCGCUCGCACAAAGAGCCUCCCAGGCGCUUGGGCUGAUCUGCACGGUUUGCCCCAUUGUCGCCACUUCCCUCGCGAGGAUCUUUCUACGGAUCGCACGCCGAUACCUGGAGGAUCAUGUGGGAGCUGGUGGUGGUCGAGCAGGAGGUGGCGGCGAGUCGCCUUUUGUAGCCUUUGUGGAUUGAGGUUCGUGGGAUCGGAGAUAGGGAUGAGUGUACGAUAGUGAUGGAGGGGACAACCUGUGGAUGUCAAUAGAAAAGCUCUGGGCAAUCAUCCUGAACACUGGGCCUCUGGAAGAGCAUCACUGACGGUCAUAUCAGAAGAUGUGCUUCCUUCACAGCCCCGUCAUAUUUAUGCCAUUAUAUGUGUGGCUUUGAUGGCUGCAUUGUUACACUUGUGCGUGAGUGUGUGUGUGUACGUGUGUUUAUUGGACUGACCUAGUGCCAUUGGUGAACAGAUGUACAUAUGCUAAGGACGAUGGGAUGUGUUGCGAGUCGCAGAGGGCAACACAAAUUGCGUUGCUUGCCCCGCAGUGCCAAUACGUGGUGCAGGUGUACGUGUAUGUGUGUAUGUCGAACUCAUUCAAGUUACCCGUGUGCUGCAGUGUCGCUGCAGAUUUCGGGCACCGGGAUGAUGUCCCAGGUGAGCUUUGGUUAGCCCUGCUGCACUUAAUGUUACAACUGAUCACAUGAGGGUUCUAAUGGAGCACUACAGACGGUAACGGGGAGGGGGGGGGAAGCAUCGACAUUGGCAUCGAGGGCUCUGACGUUCUGAAACCCUCCAGCUUGCUGGCAUCGAAGGUCAACUUGUACGGCAAAAGCACAAACUAUUUUGUACAAACUUUACCGAUUUGUUAUUCAUCAUUCACCGAGUUUCGUUGCAUCGUACAAUACGUCGGUGGAAUUAUUCACAUUUUCUGAAUGCUAUUUAAGUAAAAUGAAUAAAAAUAUACACUUUUAUAACAUUUAAGGCUAAUGGGCAUUUGUACGCAUGAAUAUUAUAUAUAAGCAAUGGCUUUGCAUUGGGAAAUCUCGUGCUCAAGGCAGCAGUGGUGAAUGGUAAAUUGCUGGAAAGACAGUUCAAAUAAUGGCAUUGUGAGGGCAGCUUUGUACAGCAGAGCCCUUCUCUGCAAAUGUCUCUCACCGUUACCCGGUGACCCUAGCUCCUCUGUCAGAUACGCCACACGUUGUUGAAGCUGAAAUGCAUUGAAUUGUAUUCGGAUUGCAAGUUUGCCGGGGGUUGGAGAGAAGCUGAGAUGGUGUCGUAUGGCGCAUGCAUAUCGAAUGUUUUAAAUGGCUUUGGCCCACUGUUGAUUAGUCUCCUGCGAGAGUAAUUAUUUAAAUCCCCAUUGUAGGAUUUCCCAUAUACCAUUUCUCCCGACUCGCCACAAAAUAUGUCUGCAAAUUUACCACUUUACCUCCAUCGAAUACAAAUGAAGUCAUUGCAUGGUGCCUGCACCAGAUGAUUGCUGAACUUGUCGCUCAUGGUUAUGGAGAGCACUGAUUAAUUUCAAUCGGUGCUGCGUACAUCAUAUGGGUCACACACACACACACACAUGUAAACAAUAUCUUCAACUUAGUUUGGAUCAAUGCUGUACAGCACGCAGCAGGACAUGUAUAGCAAGCAUCAGACAUGUGCACGUUGAAACGAUAGCUGUCUCUCUGAAUGGAGGUAGAUUCCCAGUAAACAUGAAAUUUGGGCAAAUGUUGGCAUGCGGUUGGAAUCGUUGGGCCAACAAAGGCCCAAUGAUAAUUGGUUUUUUACCCUUCUAUCUGGCAACAAAACUGACACCUUUUUUACAAGGAGUCAUGUUUGCAUAGACCACAAUACCUGCAGUCAUAAUGCAAACACAAAACACAAAUUUGAUAAUGUAUGCACUGUCCUUGAAGUUGAUUGGUCCACACCCGAGACAGCGUUCCUUAGAGCCUAGUCUCACAUGGGUUGGACCAGAUGACGCCAAAAGGCGCAAUGAUUACUGGGUUGGUAAAGUUGGAAAGACGCCCCAUGGUGGAUUUAGAGAAAUCGAGUUCAUGAAACCCCUCUUCUUGGUUCUUUCGGUAAAGUCACGUAGAAGGGAAGUAAUAAAAUAAUAAAAAUAAAACAUGAUAAAAUAAUUCUCAAGACGUUGGUUAUUGUUGAAGGAUCUCAAAGUUAUGUGGAAUCCCUCCCCGUAGAGGCGGUUAAAUUUCGAUUUAAAGCUUUCGUGACUGCAGGGAUUCAUGAAACCCCGUUCUCAGCGAAGGAUUUAUUUACUGGUUUAUCCGUACAUUUGGUUUUGUUGACCUUGUCGCAAAGUUUCACUCGUGGUUCACAAAAUAAAAAAAAUACCCCACGCACAGUGCUGAGGCGCAGUCCGUAAGGGAGAGGAGCGUGGCGCAAAGCCUGUCGUGCUCGCUUCCACGGCGGAGGUUUUCACGGUUUGUGCGCUAGAACUCUCCGCUGUGUUUUUGGGUCGUACCACCCAGAGAAAAACGUCGGGCACCAUGCCGAACAACGCGCGGUGCACAACCCGAAAACACAACGAAGAGUUGUUCUCAACGUUCUGCCCCCUUUACCAGGCCUGAUUUUCAUGCUUAGCUCCUCAAACUACCGUUGAUGUGUUACAUAGCAAUUGCUUUUGAUGGGGUAUAGUAGCAAAGUUUUUCCUCCGGCCUUAAGAACGCUUACCGAGUUUGUGAUGUGAUGUCUUAAUCAGAGGGUGGGAGGAAUUAUUGAACAAUAGAGGUAAAUUUUGCAGCCCAAGGAAAUAAAGUUAUUGCCCUGUGAUGAAAAAGCAGUCAUGAUUUGUUCUCUAGCACCCUUAAGGCGCAGUUUGAAGUGAAUUCUUAUUGAGGUCAGGGAAGUGCAUUCACAUACUGGUUGCCAUUUUAUUUUUUUGCCGAGCAACUGACCAACCAUGUUGCAAAGGAUAUAUUAUUUGAUAUGAAUACAGUGAUACGAAUGAUCAUUUAAAUUCAAUCCACUGGUAAAAACUACUGUGAAUUAGUUAUUUAAAAACACAAUAAACCAUACACUUAUUAUAUCUAUGUAUGUUACACAAGAUUCACGAAAACAUUUAUUUGUGCAUAUAAAAUCAUAUACAGAUAAGGGGCAUUGGAAAAAUAAACUAGCAUAUUUAAAUGUGGCCUAUAUUCUGUUAAUGUUUCUCUUGAUGAAUUUUCUAAGGUUGCUUUCAUUUGCAUCAAAUAUAGACUGCACAAAGCGUUGUGGUUAGCAUGUUUUUAUCCAUCCAAUGUGGCCAUUGGAGGGUAUUUUUGCUGCAUAUCAUUACAUAUACUAAGCGAUUGUACGAAUUCUACAAAGCCCCGCUGCCUUCUCUCUUGGAUGUGCUCAUGGAUUUGAUAGUCUUGCUUGGCGGCGGGGGGGGGGGGGGGGUAGGUGUGCAUAAUUUGGUCAAUAUUUUUUUAAGGACGCCAAAUGGAAUAGCCGCUUUGAUAUUGCAUCUAAAAUGUGGAAUCGAUAUGCGGGAGCAACUGAAUUUACCAUAGGUCAUCACUUAAAAGAGGAGCAUUCUGGGUAUUGUCAGCCUUUGUAAGGGACGGCUAUUUGUGAUUCAAUAGAAAGGGCCUCGAGUGUUUUGCUAAAGCGGGUGGAUCUAAGCCUCUUUUUUAAUUAAAACGACCGCCUUUCAGUGACCACAUUCUGUUGAACUUAAAUGCAGGCUACAGUAUGUGGGGCUCGAUUUCCAUGUUGGUGAAAGACCGCCUUUUUUUUUUGUCAAAUAGUGGGCAAAAAAGCGGCCCCUUUUCUAAGGGAAAAGUGGCACUUUUUGUCCCAAAAUCAGGUGAAAAAAGUCCUGGGAAUCAAGCCCCUAUGACUCAAUGAACGAGGCAUGUAAAGUUUGACAUGAGAACGUGCUUGAUUACACGGGCUUUCUAAGCCAUUCAUUGGGCUGCACUUGAGAUCCGUUCUGGUUGCGUGUGGUUGAGGAAACCUGUGAGAAACGGCUCAAUGGUUCCUCCAUUUGUACCUUCAUCGUGAUUUUCCUGUGGGUGUCGCAGGUGUUACACUGCGGCUGUUCGAAUGCAGACGUUUCUCAAGGUUACACAAUUGUCGGGGACGCUGUCGUAAUGCAGUGGUUUGCACACUGGAUUUUGCAAUCCAGAGGUCACCGAUUCAAUCUCCGAGCGUGGCAGUUGAAACAAUGGGCAGGUUUCUUCAUUCCCCUGCAUGCCCGCAUCUCUAUUCAUCCGUCAGCAUUAAUGGGUACACCACAGUGAGUUGCUCGACAAUGUCGCGUUUGGUGGGGUAAAGUGUAGGUACUGGCCAGCAGAGAAUAGUAAGCUAAUAUAUCCUCCAGAGGGGCUCCUCAAGAACUCCCUCUAGUAGAGGCCCUUCCGCUUAGCGGUGGCAUGAGCAAGAUAUUUCCAGGGCUGCACUUUUACCUUUUACACGCAUUUGAUCAUAGACGUGUUCCAAAAGUGGAGUCAUCAAAGACACGUGACGUUGAAAAUCGGUCACAAAAUCAAGUGUGUGAAAAUUCAAACGGCAGUUGCCCUGUCCUUCUACAUUUGUGCAUCGGCCUUUCGUAUGCAGAAACAUUGAAGGAGAAAAGAAAUGUGCUUUUCGUCAAUUUACCUUCCCAUAAACCUCAUUGCCAGCCGGUCUUUUAACUUCAACUCCCAGAUUGCGUUCACCCUUGACCUCAAGAUGGCAUUCACGUGCAACUGAUAUUGAAUUAAUGAACAAUGUCGUUGGAGCUGGUAAGGUGGGGGGGGGGGAAUGUAAGAAUUACAAAGAAGGAUGUUGAAAGGCAUAGCCCUGUAUGUUGACCUUUCGCACCGUACGUAGCCAACCAUGCUAAUCGGAGGUGCCUGUAGAGUUACUGUGACACUUGUGAGUUUUUUUUUUAUCCUCUUUCUGGCUAACCCCUUUUGUUUCUGACCCAUAUUUCCUCUGGACCCACACUCUUAACUGGGCCAUAGUGUUCUCAUAAAUCCACCGCAAGGUGCUUCAGUACAGGUUAACGUGUUUCAAAGUCAUUUCUAGCCUGGCGUUUGUACUCACACCCCCACUGGCAGGGAAAGUCGUACAUUUGACGCGCUGAAAGUGGUUAUGAAGCUGCCGGGGAGCGAGUGUCAAUGGUUUCUGGAAAUACAAUAUGACCUUGGAGCCUACUUUUCACUCUGAUGCACGUCACGAGGACAAGCUGUGCCAUUCUAAGAGAUGGACUGAAAUGCAUUAAAUCUCACUUUGUUCACCCAGUCCUGUGAAACAGAAAAAUAUAAUCUUCAAGCACUGUUUGUCAAACACUGUUCUGUGUUGAGAGCGGUAGUGUUGGCACGGUUAGCGCGCUGCGCUACGAACCCGACGACCCGAGUUCGAUUCCCGCUCGUGGCCACCACCGGUGAUCAUCUGAACCAGUCCCGGGCCUUCCCUAGGUCCACUCAGCCUUAAAUGAGUUCCUGUUGCGAUGUGUAAACAUAGCUACUCUGGAGACAAAAUGCGGCCGGGCGUGGUGUUGGCCACCCACCCCCUCGUGUGCCGUGCCGGCUCGGUAACAGCACUUCCUUCAAUGGUCUGUUCAGGCUAUACGGGGGAUCUUUGUCUUUGCGCUGAGAGCCAUACUUCAUCUGUACUUCAACAAAGAGUAAUGUAGGGGAGGGUGGUGACCUUGUGGUUGUCACCACUGGCAUUGAGCCGGGUUUGGUGGUGGACAUUGGUGUGUGUGUGUCGCGUGAUCUGUAGGGGCGGCUCGCUCUGGUGCCUUACCACAGCAAGUUACGCACAAUUUCGAUUUAAAGCUUUCGUGACUGCAGGUAUUCAUCUUCUUGGUUCUUUUGGUAAAGUCACGUAGAAUGGAAAUAAUAAAAUAAUAAAAAUAAAACAUAAUAAAAUAAUUCUCACAACGUUUCGGCCACAAACGCAAGCAGCCGUCCUCAGGUGGAGAACAGGUCUGUCGAGAAGACAGAGUCUGAAUGACGUGACUUUACCGAAAGAACCAAGAAGAAGUUACACACAGUCUCAAAACUGAGGUUCAAGUCAAGAACAAACGUGUUCAUUAACAAACAAAUUUAUUCGGAGUCUGCAAUAGAUUUCAGAUCCGGGCAAUCAAUGGAGGGUAAUAUUUAACGUUAUAUUUAACAGGACCUCAUUGCGAACAAAUAGUUUUGGAUAUAACCGAGCCCCACACUUUAUAUGAACACACAUGAUUUCAGAUGAUGGCAGGAAAUGGGGGUGAUCCGUAAUACGAGGCACCUCGACCGCUCUGCCCUUGGUCGUGCAGUGGCAAAAUUUCGGCACGACGGCGCCGUUCUCCGCUUCGGGGACAACGCGCCAGCAUCUCGCAUUCCGCGAACUCCGCAGAAGGCACCCACGCGCAGGUGCCGCGUCGCGAUCACUGUGUUUGCAGGGCUUAGCGGUGGGGCGUAAUUGGCGGGUGGGUUGCUGCGAAAGAAGUUGGUGAUGUGCAGGAAUUCGCCCUGUUCCCCGCGGUGCGGGAGAACGGAAUUGGCGUUCGCGUCGCAUUUAAGAGCGACGGAGCAUCGCUUUGCAGGUAUGCCACAGAUCUGGUCGUGCAUGGUACUGGGAUUAACGUACCGGACAAUGUUGUACUGUUUUCUGAAAUAUACAACGUAAUGUAUUUCUGUGUGUGUGUGUGUGUGCGCGCGUGCGUGUGCAUUUGUGUGCGGUACAUAUUAGCAUAUACAUCGCUUGUGCAUACUAUAAAUACAGCAUGUAUAUACUGUAUAAAAUGCAGACUGGCACACAGCUUCAGUAUUGUAAUUGUAUAUGUGUAAUGUAUAUAAGAGAGGCGGUUAAACAAUAUCAAAUGAAUGGCAUUCGGCAAAUAAAUCUACGGGCCAUGGUGUCGAGAAACCCAUAGGGGCGUCUUCUGAAGGAGCCCUCUGAUAUUCAUGUGACGAGGUUUGGUGUUUUGUUGGAUUUCCAGAAGAGACGCCUUAUGAGUUGGUGACGUAACUCUUAAUGGCACACGUACAGCCCAUCCAUCAAUAUCGCACCCUGCCCCGGAUUUGACCAUACUUCACCAUGCUGGUCUCAAGGCGGGGAGCAUAGACGGUGGGAGCACAGUACAACAAUGAAUGUUGCAGCACUGCCCUAUGCUGCGCACAGCGGCCUAUAACAACCCGUCGUGCGUGGUGGUCACCCAUGCAUGCAAUGUCCAGGCUAAAUCUCUGCUUUGCUUCUAAGGUCCAACAAGAUCGGGUGCAUUCUGGGUGAUUCAAUCAUAGGUACACAAGUACUCGACAUAAACAAUGGGAAUCAGUGGCUGCUCAGGAACGGUGAUGGAGGUAACCGAAUGGCUGAGGAUUCGCAGCGCUAAGUUGAUGGAGUGAUCAUUUUGACAGAUGUGCAUCGGGCCUUUAUAAUAACAAGAUAGAGAUCCACGGAGCUCACAAUUACUGCUAUAUUAAGGUAGAAACAAAAUACGUGCUCAAUUCCUCUGUGGGCGUCUCAAAAAGUACGAGUGGCAUCUUCUGUCACGGUAAUUAUAUCUGCAGAACUUGCCGCGCUUUACAUAGAAAUUACUACAUGAAAUAUAUAUUUUGAAUGCAAUUUGAGCCGGAGGGUACUUUCAGCAUUUUGUAAAAGAAUCAACAUUUAUUAGCCUCUCAUUUAUAUUGUAAUAUAUAGAGACCUGAACUCCACAAUUAAGUCAUGCUGUGCAUUAGUGUCAAAAUGUACCACGUACGUUUUUUUAGGACGUGGUCGUGCUGAGUAUUUUAAAUAGAUUAUAAAUCUAUACUCUUUGGUUAUUUCGGUAAAGUCACGUAGGUAUAAAAUAAAAGAAAUCACGACGUUUCGAUCGCAACACAAGCGGUCGUCGUCAGGUGGAAAAUAAUAUAUAAUCUAGCAGUGGAACUGCUGACCAGAUCAAGAUAUAAAUAAUCUAUUUGGAAACCAGAAUGUACGACGGGCAUUUCCAAAGAUGUGUUUGUUGAAAAAGUAAUGAAUACAUAAUAAUGUGAAUGUAACUUUAACCAUAACAUAACAUAACUCACUGCCACGAGCAUAGAAAUGACUGCCACAAAGCACUUCCAUAGGUGCGUUGGCCCUGACCAGCAUCUGAACAUCAAUAAUACAUUUCGGCAAAAGGCAACAACAAAAACCCUAGGAUGUCACACUUCAAAGACACCGAAAAUAAAUAAGUAAUCAUGUCAUUAACGUGUUUUGAAGUGUGCAGCCUGUGUUCUUUAUCAUUCAUCACGGUGCCACAAGUGUAAUAACCGCAAGGGCACAUUUGAAAUUUAUCAUUAAAUCUCAUUUUGUAGGUGGCUUACGGUGAUGCCAAAUUAUUCCAGUUCUGGGAGGCAGCUCGCAGGGAUUUUGUGCCCACACACAAACAUUUCCCAACUGCUAUAAACGUACUAAUUAUAUUUAACACAGCUUCAUAGGUUCCCCUGAGGCAUGUCAGAAUAUUCCCAUAGAAACAUAAUGAGGAUACAUAUUUUUUUUAAUAGCUUUGUUCAAUGUGUGUGUGUGUAAUGACUGUUGUAAAUGUCAGACCGGGCCAUUAUUUUGACCAAUUCUACGGGGAGUUCUUUAGUUUGUUAUGAAAAUGGAAACGUUACAUAAGGAACUUUGGGGGGGCGUUUGCAAAGUGUUUGCUUUACUUUUGCCUAUUGUUUACAAUACCAUGUCAUUUGUCCGACAUCCUCAUCAUCAUGGAAAUACAGUGACAGCUGUAUCCAUCCAUCCCCCACGGUUACGCGUUUGCUCUCUCUCCCUCCUCGCCCUCGGAGAUCAGCUGGAUAUAGCCCAUCCAGUCCGUGACGUUGUGAAUCCAGUGACGACACAUCAAUCAUCAGUCUUAUCAAUACAGUUUGGAGCCGUGACUGAAUUGUACUUUGCAACAUGUAUCAAUGAACAUAUACUACAUAUAUAUUACAACGUGCAUACAUUAAUUACACAUUUGUGGAGAAUAUAAGUCAAUAAAUAAGCAGAGAAUACACCUUUGAGUCACACUUGUAACAGAGCUGUGUCGCUCAAUUGGUUAUUUGCUCGCAUAAUAAACUUCAGAUUCUUCGAGUAAUCACCUUCCAUAUCUGCCCCGCCACACAAAAAAACAUACACAAGUACUUUUACACAUACCAUCGGCCACAGUCUUCUGGGAGUGAAUUUACACUUUCUGCACCAUUUGUUUAAAACAAGAAAACUCUGGACUGGUUUUGAUAUUCAGUGUCUCAUCAGCAGACAGGGUGGGACUGCCCGAUGUUUGAUCAUUAUUCGUAUCAUAUUGUGUCUCAAGGUCCAACAGCAUUGUUUUGUUUUGAAAUCAAACCAAGCAUGGAAGAUAUGCGAAACUCAUGCCGUUGCAUGUGUUGUUCAUUUCCAUAAAGGUUUCUACUUUUGAACUGGGGAAGCUCUGGAGUUUUGUGAGACACUAAUAACCCUUUGACUCUGACAUUUUCACUGUCUUUUAUAUUUUAUGAAAGAUCGCAUUGUUAAGCAUGUAGUUCUGAAGUCUGUCUCUUAUUAUCAUAUUGGUACAAUAAAAAAAAACACAAGCUGGCUCUUCCUCUGUAGAAUAGCAGCAUAUUGCAAAGGUUCUCAAAUUUCAGGCUACACCACCCAUUGCAGCCCAUUUUUUCCAAUCUCAAAAAUCAAACUUUCUUUGGACUAUACGCAUCAUUACUCCCUAUUCAUAUUGAAUGAUACCAGAGGACGUGGAAACAUUGAGCCACGAAGAGUGGGGACUGAAGUUUGAUAAUACCAGACUGUGUGCCGAAUUUGAAAAUAUAUUUUUUCGAGGGACACCAAACAAGUAGGCAGUGUUAUUUUGGAAUAAAUAUCUGCCCACAGCGAAGUCACGUGGUUGGUAACUGGUUGUGGUGGAUCACUGGUGGUGGGUUAAAGUGUGGACAUAACCCCAUCUCUUUGAUUUCAAAGAGUAGUCUCUCGCUGCUUGUGAUCAAUGCUGAGCACUCUACACAGAUGUCAGGAUAUCUCUAUACGUGUGCACCGCUAGACAUUUCGGCGUGUGAAAUGAUUUACAGAUCUGAGCACGGGCGUGCAUUGGAAAACGGCCGAUGCAUGAAAUGAGUGGUGGUGUGCGGUUGCUGACGUGUAGGGAACGGACAUAUUAUCAAAGUGGCUUUUACAUGCACCUUUACAUCAGCCGCACCGAACCUCACAAAAAUAAUAUCCAGGGCCUACUUUGGCUCCUCCCACCCUCAACCAGUAUAUAAACAAAUACGGUUUUCUUUGAAUUUCUCUCACUUGAUACAGCUAUCGUGCUGUGCCUGUUCCACCUGAAGACGGAAGCUUGUGUUGCCUCCGAAACGUCGUGAUUUUAUUUUAUUUUACUUUUAUUAAUUGUAAUUUUUUUACCUACGUGACUUUACCGAAAAAACCUAAGAAUAUGGCUUUUGCAGUCUGGCAGGCUGAAAACGCGUGUUGCCUUAUGGGUCGGUCUGUGUGCAACGCUUCUUGUUUGACGGCGUUUGAAUGUCCGCGGCGAUAAUCCUGGGAUUGUAAGCGCAAUCACCCUCGGGGCUUCGUUGAGAUGCAUCAAAACUCCGGCAUAAUUUGCCAAUCCUUGAUUAUUGUCCGUUUGGCCUGUCGUUGAUGCCCAUGUAUGUAUCGUGCGAAUCAAUGUCAAAAUAAACCCAUUGGUUAUUGUUAUCAUUCGUGACAACGGCAUAAACCA